GCCCGCGCGCGCUCCUAGCAUGGACAGCGAGGUGCAGCGGGACGGCCGCAUCCUGGACCUCAUCGACGACGCGUGGCGGGAGGACAGGCUGCCCUACGAGGACGUGGCCAUCCCGCUGAACGAGCUUCCCGAACCCGAGCAAGACAACGGCGGCACGACCGAGUCGGUGAAAGAGCAAGAAAUGAAGUGGACGGACCUGGCUCUGCAGUACCUGCAUGAAAACGUCCCCCCGCCGGGAAACUAGCUCCCCGAGCCGCGGGGAGACCCGGGAGCUGCUGCUCGGCCCCCAGCGCUGUCCUAAGCAGGAGACGAGGCUGCCGAAACAGCCUUGUGCUCAGUUAACUGUUCCACUCGCAGCCAUGGAAGACAGUGUAAAUUGCAUCUAUAAUCAAUGUGAAAUARCUACGGAUACCUAAAGCCUCGAAGCUGGUGUCAGCAUGUUUCUGUUUACKUAACACACAAUUAUUUCGUAUCUUCUGUUAACUUGUUUUUAAGUUGGUGCUGAUUCUGAUCU